ACUGCAAUGAACCGAAUUCACUCCUUUAAUUGAAUUCACAAAACAGUAAUUGGAUCGCCCUUUGACAUUCACAUCUACUUUUAGCGUGCUGCUGAAAUCAAUUUGGGCUUUAAAACGCGUCUGGUUAGUCUGAAAUAAUUUGAGUUUUUUGGGCCAUAUUUAAUUGUUUUCCUGUCGCCUGAUAUUGUUAUUUCCUCUCAACGAGACAUCGUGGUAAAAGAUUGAGUGUCGAUCGAUACACAAAAGAUUUCUCCUUGACCCAAGAAAAUGGGCGAUGUUUCAGAGUCGAAAGUCAGCGAGCUUGAAAAGUCAUGCGAAACGUGUAGUGUGAAAACCAACUUAAAGGCAUGCACCGGAUGUUACGCAGUGUUUUACUGCUCCUUCGCGCAUCAAAAGGCCAACUGGAAAUUACAUCGACCGUCAUGUAGCGCCGUUCAAAAGAGCAACAUCCUCCGAAAAGCCAGUGAAUCGGAAAACGUAGUUGUGCUUUUGGAAGUCAAAAGUGCCCAAGGACGUGGCUUAGGUAACCACGUGAUCAACCACUUUUUCGACACGAAAAAAGAAGCCUUGAAACAUGUUGCUAAUAGUUUGCAGACGAGUAGAGAAAAUGCGAAUUUGACUAAGUUGACCGAGAUGCCGUUUUUGACCCAGGUAAUGGGAUGGACGGAGUGUGAGUUGUUUGCUAAUCCAAACAGUCAUGAAUUCUAUCCAGAAGGUCAUUUCCUGAGAUGUUGCGGCUUCAAAAAUCGGGAGGAUUUUGGUCCCAAUGGAGGAGAACGGACUCUGAAUGGACUCGCAGUAUACCUCGGAGUAACCCUCACCACAGGUCUCUCCCCCUUCUCAGACAUCCUGGGUACUGUGUUCUUCAUGGGUAAAAGAAAUGGGCGUUAUGUGAGUGGGAAUAUGCUGCAUGGGGCCAUGCUCAUGAUAUUCGACGCAACGGAGGAAUUUGGAUCAGACGAUGACUGCUCAUUAGAGUUCAAAGUGUUCGAAAAGUGGGGUCGGAAUUAUGCAGUGAACAGGUGGACCCCAAUGUUCAACGACCCCGUAGGAGAAGGAGACAUCUACUCGCAUGAACUGGAAGAAAAUACUUCAACUGGCAAAGCCAUCCACAGAUAUGGCUACGAAGACCACAGAGCACAGUAAGCAAUGUGGCUACGAAAAUCACAGUAAUCAAUGAAAAUUAAAAAGCUUACAGAUAGAUUGACAAAUGAAAAAUCUUAUAAAUGACUGAUAAACUAGCAUAAUUUUGUUGAGUUAUCUCUGAAAUGUUACUUCUAUAAAGUGCAAUUAUAUUUGUACAUGUGCUGUUAAAUUAUGUUUUGUUGUCUUAAAAACCUGAA